AUGGGCAUCGGACAAUGGAAGCCUGUUUGUUCUCCAAUACCACAUAGGGAUCGAGUUAAGUGGAGGACACUUCCCUACCGCCAAACUUCCCGAAGCGAAGGACGGGAAGUAGAUGCCCACCCCAAGCGAAUACGGGAGCCCACAAGGCUCAGGGAAGUCACAUUAAAGAAGGAAGGAAUUCAGAAUAUAAAAAGUGCCCAAAGGACGCCCCAGACUACUGGGCCUCACUACUCAGGGGUCAAUGCCCGUGAGGGCUACCCUGCUGUAGAGAGCUGCAAGUCUGAGAAACCACAAUAUAGAGCGAGACGAGAGGCCCCGGACUCUAGGGUAACAAGUGACACACGAUUUUUUAAUUUGUUGCUGCUGCUGCUUUUUAAAACAAGGUCUGACCUGGUCAAGAUCUCAUACACGAGUAUGAGAGCGACCCCGAUUCCUCCAGUCGAGGUCUCUGGUGAAGGACCUCCUCCUCCUGAGUCUUCCGAAGGACCUCCUCUUUCUGACCAGCGCAUCGUGGGAGGCAAUGAGGCAGAGCCGUACAAGCGCGGGUACCAGGCUGCUUUGACAUCAGGAAAAGGUUUCUGUGGGGGUGUUGUCAUCAGUAAACUGUUUGUCCUGACAGCUGCCCACUGCAUACCAGGCAAUAGGAAUGAGCAAAUGAAUGUAACUGUAGGCAUACACGAUCUAAAGGUGAAGGAGAAAUUUACCCAGCGGAUUCCCGUUGCAAAAGCAUUCGUUCAUCCGGACUAUUACAGUGGACGCCAGGGCCCAAUUAAUGACAUUGCUGUCCUAAAACUAGAACAGGAAAUUAAGAUGACUGAUAAAGUUUUUCCUCUCAAAUUGCCGACUCAUCCAGUGAAAGCAGAUACGCCUGUGGUGGUCACCGGUUGGGGAAGAACCAGGCGACUCAGGGGGUCCAGCGAUGCACGAAGGAUAUCUCGUGGGCCUCGUUUCCUUCGGUGCGAGGGGUUGUACCACAAACAUCCCUCAAGGAUUUACUAGUGUUUAUUAUCAUCUCAAAUGGAUCGAGCGCGCAAUGCACCCUAAUUACACGGAUCUCAAUGGAUGCGGUAUUUUGGAUCUGUCUUUAGUACUUAUUGUAUUGGCUCAACUAUUUCUGUACCGGAUAUAGGGGUGUUUAUAUUUAUUCUGUUCACCAAUGCAUCCUUUGUGUGUUUAUUAACUAAAUAUACAUAGUCGAUAAAUAUUUUUAAUCCUUUCCCUGAUACGUUCGUCAUUCGGCGACUGCACUGAGGGCUUGUUACGUGCGUCGAUGUACGCACGUAAAAAAAAUGCUCUAUAAAACCUAGCUCAUUUACUGGAUUGUUGCAUGGCUCUGCAUGGACAAAGCCCUUGUUGUAGGGGACAAAAUCAUUAUAUUUUUUUGUAGAUACCCAUCAAUGUAUUUCAAAAUGUAUUAGAAAAACUCACAUGCAAAUAAGCAGUACGAUUACUGCUUCAUUUCGUAAGAUUUGGCAACUCAAGAUGAGCCGCAUCUAUACUGUCAAUCAAACCUGACCUCAGUAGGCAGUGUCACCUUUCUUAGGUAGCGCUCAGCCGCGCGCGACCUUA